AUGGCAGACAACAUCGGGGAAAGUAAUAAAUAUUUAGAACUUAGCAGUUUUACCGCACAACUAAUGGUGAUCCCAAUUCCGAUUUCAAGACUACACGAAGAGAUCGAACACUUCUUCAUGUACAUGUCACCGACGGAGACGGAACACCUGGUCCGAUCUACUGUUGUGUCUCGUAUACGCAGCGCGAUCCUGUCUCUGUGGCCUCAAGCACGUGUAGAAAUAUUUGGCUCUUUUCGCACCGGCCUCUACCUGCCCACCAGCGACAUAGAUCUUGUUGUCAUUGUCGUGUACACCAAACCCUUAUUUGUCUCUCUAAACAAUGGUAAUACAAGCUACGAAAUUUCUGAUCCUUUAAUAUAA